CUCUACUCACGCCGGCCUCCAGCGCGCGCUGCCCACUCCCCACGAAUCUCUUCGCGCCCUCGCCACCGCGCCGCGCUGUCACCUGCGGGGCCGUGGGCUGACUGCUGGGGCGAACGCUCUCCGAGACGCUUGCUCUUCCGCUGCAGGCGAGCAUGUCUUGCACCGAGCCGCUGCGCCUGAGUGCUGCUCCCAAGGCUGGAGUGCGCGGCCCGCACGAGCGCCGAUUCAACCCGUACGACCACAACGGGGGGACGGUGCUCGCCGUGGCUGGCACCAACUUUGCCAUCGUCGCGGGCGACACACGGAUGAGCUCCGGCUUCAACAUCCUCUCGCGCAACCAGUCCAAGCUGCUGCAGCUGACGGCGACAACGGUUCUCGCGACGGGCGGCUUCCGCGGCGACGUCUCCACCCUGCAGAAGCUCCUCAAGGCGAAGCUCGUCGAGUAUGAGCACAAGCACGGAGAGCCGAUGAAGGUGCACGCGAUUGCGCAGAUGCUCGCAAACACGCUGUACGGCCGCCGCUUCUUCCCCUACUACACGUGGAACAUCCUCUCCGGCAUGGAUGAGAACGGCGUCGGCUGUGUCUACUCGUACGACCCAGUCGGAAACUACGAGCGCGUGCGCGUCAACGUCACCGGCUCGGGCGAGCCGCUGAUCCAGCCGCUUCUUGACAACCAGUUCGAGAGGCAGCACCAGCAGCUCGCGUCCAAGCCGCCGCCGCUGAGCGUGGGCCAGGAUUUGGCCGAGGCGACUGCCAUCGUCAAGGACGCCUUCUACUCGGCGGGCGAGCGGGACAUCUACACGGGCGACACGAUGGAGGUGUGCGUUAUCACAAAGGAUGGGGUCAAGCUCGAGUCCUUUGAGCUCAACGUCGACUGAGCUCACUGCGCCAGCUGGCCGUCGGUGGGUGCCCUUCGCGCGGACAGCGUGCCGCCUCGCGCAUGCACACAGCGCACGUUCCCGGUGCACAUUCGUCGGUCCGGCACACACACGUUGAGACUCCGGGGUGCAGCCUCAUCUAGCCGCACGCAGCACCAGUACGGCAAAGGUCAGUCGUCAGAGGACAUCGCGCGCCGCCGAGAGUCGACCGGCACGCAACAAAGAAGUCAGAACGACACCAGUUUCAAUAAAAUAGAGCGAGUGUGU